AUGCUAUCCCAUAUUCAUCUCAUGCCACAGCAUGAUCCAGGUCAUUGCAUUUCAGAACACCCCACAUGGGAAAUCUCAUUACAACGGUUGGUAACGAGUUGCGAAACUACGGGACGACGAGACUGCGAAGGAGGAGACUCAGCCGCGAUCUACCUAUCUCUCGGGGGGAACUGCGAACUGCGAACUGGCCACUGGGAACUGGAAACGAUCGAUUUCACGAGAAACCUGAAGACUUGUGAUGAAAGCAUAUAUCUGAAGGACCUUAGACAACCGUCCCAUUUGCGAGUGCGAGAUGCAAUGCAAUUCAAUUCAAUUCAAUUCAAUACCCAUUGGGCCAGACCAAAUUACGCCCUCCGCAUCAAGGUCACCUCUUUGGGCCGACACUCAUUUUGCCCUCGUGGUUCUGGGACAUCAAUGGGUCCUUGCCCCUGA